GGGUUUGUAUGUUGUUGACACCUGAGGUCUCUUGCGCAUGCGCAGUCUGCAUCACGAGGACACACCUUUGUGUUGAAAUCGAAAGUAAACUCUCGAUACUUACCGAAUGUAACUUCACAUUUCGAAGACUUAAAAACUGGCAUAAAAAUCUCAUUACGGCCUCGUGUCAGUCUGUCAUUAUGGAGAUCAGAGAGAGAUCUUCAUCUCCAGAUCACACCAGAGAGUCUCUGAAGAGCCACAGAUCCAUGAAUCCUCCUGAAUCCAGUGAUGAUCCAGUGACCUCUGACCUCAGGAUCUGCAGUCAGAGAUCUUCAUCUCCUGAUCACAGCUGUGUGUCUCUGAAGAGUGACGGAUCCAUGGUUAAUCCAAUGAAAUUCAGUGGUGAAGCAGUGACCUCUGACCCCAGCAGAGCAGAUGGAGAGCGAAGCAUCUCUGGAGGAGUCUCCUCUGUCUUCUGUCUGAACAACACGAGCGUUACAGCGUCUCUGAAUAAACAUGAUCAAGCAGUGAAUGAUGAACUACAGAGAGUCAAAGAGCAGCACAAAACCAGCAUGAAGAACAAGUAUGAGAGAUUAUGUGAGGGACUGAAACUCCAGGAGAAUGAAAGCCUCCUGAACAGCAUCUACACACAGCUCUACAUCAUAGAGGGAGAGAGAGAAGGAGUGAAUGAAGAACAUGAGGUUUUACAGAUGGAGAAAACAGCCAGAACACAACACUCACAAGACGCUCCAAUCUACUGCAAUGACAUCUUUAAAGCCUCCGCUGAAGCAGGAUCUGAGGAGAAAGAGCAGAUCAAGACUGAUAUUGAACCAAGAUAUAAGAAGAAGAAGAAGAAGAAGAAGAAGAAGAAAAUCAAGACUGUUCUUACUAAAGGCAUCGCUGGAAUCGGAAAAACCGUCUCUGUGCAGAAGUUCAUUCUGGACUGGGCCGAGGGAAAAGCCAAUCAGGAUGUAGAUUUCAUGUUUGUGCUUCCAUUUCGAGAGCUGAACUUGAUCCGAGAUCAUCAGUACAGUCUUCACAGACUUCUGCUGGACUUUCAUCCUGAACUUCAAGAUCUGGACUCACAGAUUUAUGAGGAGUGUAAAGUUGUGUUCAUCUUUGAUGGUCUGGAUGAAAGCAGAAUCACACUGAUGUUUUCAGACGCUCAGAAAGUGUGUGAUGUGACUGAGACUUCAUCAGUGGCUGUGUUGAUGUCAAAGCUCAUGAAAGGAGAGCUGCUUCCCUCUGCUCUCAUCUGGAUCACCUCCAGACCAGCAGCAGCCAAUCAGAUCCCCUCCGAAUACAUCCACCGUCUGACAGAGAUUCAGGGAUUCACUGAGCCUCAGAAGGAGGAAUAUUUCAGGAAGAGAAUCAGUGAUGAGCAUCAAGCCAGCAGAAUCAUCUCACACAUCAGAAGAGCAAGAAGCCUCCACAUCAUGUGCCACAUCCCCGUCUUCUGCUGGAUCUCAUCCACUGUGCUUCAGAAGCUCCUGGAAGAAGAUCUGAGAGCAGAAAUCCCUCAAACUCUGACUGAAAUGUACAUCCACUUCCUGCUGAUUCAGAUCAACAUGAGGAAGCAGAAGUAUGAAGAGAGAGAUCCAGAGAAACUCCUGCCGUCCAACAGAGAAGUGAUUGUGAAACUUGCUGAAGUGGCUUUCAAACAGCUGAUGAAGGGCAAUGUGAUGUUCUAUGAGGAGAACCUGAUUGAGAGCAGCAUAGACGUCACUGACGCCUCAGUGUAUUCUGGGAUUUGCACUGAGAUCUUUAAGCAGGAAUCUGUGAUUCAUCAGAGGAAAGUCUACAGCUUCAUUCAUCUGAGUGUUCAGGAGUUUCUCGCUGCUUUCUAUAAGUUAUACUGCUAUUUAACAAAGAACAAGAAAACACUCGAUGAAUUCAGAUUAUACAGAUCUGAUGAAGUCUCUCUGUAUGAUCUACUAACAUCAGCAGUAGAUAAAGCUCUCAAGAGUAAGAAUGGACGUCUGGAUCUGUUCCUGCGGUUCCUGCUGGGCGUCUCACUGGAGUCCAAUCAGAGACUCUUACAGGAUCUACUGACACACACAGAGAACAGCUCAGAGACCAUCAGCAGAACCACACAGGACAUUAAACACAAGAUCAAGAGUAGUGAUCAUCUCUCAGCUGAUCAGUCGAUCAAUCUGUUCCUCUGUCUGCUGGAAGUGAAAGAUCAGACUCUGUUCAGAGAGAUUCAGGAGUUUGUGAAAUCAGACAAACACUCAGAGAAACUCUCUCCUGCUCACUGCUCAACAAUCUCCUACAUGAUUCAGAUGUCAGAGAAGCCUCUGGAUGAACUGAACCCCAUGAAAUACAACACAUCAGAUGAGGGGAGAAGAAGACUGAUACCAGCUGUCAUCAACUGCAGAAAAGCUGUGUGA